CGUCGAACAGGAAGUUUUAACAUUCCCAGGCCGGCUGCUGAGAGACGGUGGCUCGGGUGGGACAGUCGUCAGGGAUGGCGGAGCGUGAGAAUGGAGCGGUUGUCCGGGCUGCUUUCCUGGACGCUGAGCAGAGUCCUGUGGCUCUCGGGUCCCUCUGAGCAGGGAGCUGCCCGGCAGCCCCAGAUCAUGGAAGAGAAAGCGCUAGAGGUUUAUGAUUUGAUUCGAACUAUUCGGGACCCAGAGAAGCCCAAUACUUUAGAAGAACUGGAAGUGGUAACGGAGAGUUGUGUGGAGGUUCAGGAGAUGCAUGACGAAGACUAUCUGGUCAUCAUCAAGUUCACGCCCACAGUACCUCAUUGCUCUCUGGCAACUCUUAUCGGGCUCUGCUUAAGAGUAAAACUUCAGCGGUGUUUACCGUUUAAGCAUAAGUUGGAAAUCUACAUUUCUGAAGGAACCCACUCAACUGAAGAAGACAUCAACAAGCAGAUAAACGAUAAAGAACGAGUGGCAGCUGCAAUGGAGAAUCCCAACUUACGUGAAAUCGUGGAGCAGUGUGUCCUUGAACCUGAUUAAUCGCUGUUUAAGAGCCAUUAAACUGUAAAUAUCUGAUACUAUUUGUUUAAACUCUUUGUAAAAUGCAAACGACUCAUGUUGAAUACCAAGGUGAUUUGCGCCUCAGGAGAUUUUUUUUUAAGGAUUAUUUCCAAACACAAUUUAAUUACAAGGUCAUACUUAGUUUAUUCAGUAGAUAACAUUCUCAGGAUUUGUAACUCUUAAGUGAUCAGAGAAAUAUUUUCUAGUUAUUAUGUGUAAGAUGAGUUGCUUUUCUUUUGAUAACAACUACUUUUCAUGUCAAAUAUCUGUGUCCAAAUAUAUUCAAUUGUAAUAAUUUUUCUGUAAAACAUAAAUAAACUGAGUUGAUUCUUCUAAUGACGCAUUUUAGAAUGUCUUUAUUCAAUAGCAGACGCUCAGUGUAAAUGUCAAGUUCUUCAAGAGUCUUGCAGAGCUUUAUCUUUGCCGAUUACAUAGAAUCAGACCUGAGAACUGAGAGGAGCUCUUGGGAUAGCAUCACUUCUAAGCCUUGCCUCCCCUUAUAGCCCCUUUAUAGCUAGAUGGCAAACAGGUGUGCAGAAGACCAGGUGGCACAUCCAGUUCUGAAGAUCAAGCAUUAUACAUUAAACCAAUCUAAAUUCA